CGUUUCCUGGACGACGAGAGUAUCGCAGGUGGCACAACAAUAACCGAGUUCGUACAAAACGUGUUAUAUCGCGUAACAAAAAGCGAUGUCCUUCGUCGAGCAGCCGCUAUUCGGACGUGAAAUCACGGUGCCGGCCAAGUUGCCGAUGAUCCUGAAGCAAUUUUGCAAGGCGGCGAUACGCACCCAGCCUCACGAUCUCAUCAAGUGGUCCGGCUCGUACUUCCGGGCACUGGCUGACGGCGAGGAGCCGCCGGUGAAGUCGCGACUCGAGUAUCCGCCGCCGAGCACGGCUUCCGGUUUAACCUUGGGAUUUCUCCGAGUAUUGCUCCGACAAUUUGGAAAUUACAACAAAACGCUACCAAUUGAGAUAGUUUCGCAUCGUUGGGAUUGUCUUUGUUUGGAUCGCAAGGAUUUCGAUGCGAUCAUAACGAUCGGAAAAUUUCAAGAUGUAUGUGAAGUGAAAAAGUUUCUGGCCAUAGCGGUGGGCCUUCUCGGAGCUAAUCUUACCGAGACAAUGAUUAUGAUUUGUCAAUUGUUGACUCACGAACCAGACGGAGGAUCCGCAAUGAUCCCGUUCAAUUUAUUUAUGGAGAUAUACGAAUACUUAGCAGGACUUGUUUGCGAUGGUAGUGAAAAAAAUACAAGCGAUCGAGAUGCGACAGAACGUGUUGCAUGUAAAGUCAAUUCUGUGAAUUCUGUCGAUCACACCUGUUCCAUAAAUAGUCAAGAUACUGACGCAGACGUAAAUUUGGAUUCAGAAUUAAUGUCUAAGGAUGAGAUCGUCUCAUCGAAGACUGAUUUGUCGACGGAACCAAUGGCGAAUAGUUCGUCCGAAAGAGAGCUUACCAAUGAAGAAAAGGAGGAUGAAUUUUUAGCUAAUAAAAGAAAAGACGCAAAGAAUAAAGAUCGUACGAACGCUAAGAAAUUCUGUGGGACAGAUGACGUCAAUAGCGAUGAAAGUUUAUUUUUUGAAGCCGAAAAGGAGAGAGAAGUUACGUGUCGUCUGAAUAUACCAGGUAUAGGACGUCGUUUGUCACCUGAACAAAUCGCGAACGUAACAACUUGGAUGCUCGAGUGUGCGAAGCUUCAAGAAGGUAUGGUCGGACCGCGAAAUAUCCGACACACAAAUUGCCCAUUUUUGCAUGAAUAACUAAAAUCGUACACAUUAUUCUUCAUAAUAAUAAAUAUAGAGAAUGCAAUUGUAACAAACAAAAAAAAAUAUGUUUGUACAUAACUGGCACGUUUUCAAUCUUCAGAUAUAUUUAUUAUACUUAUAUGCAAUAAUUGAGAUUAGUUUAUUAUAAGAAUGGUUGAUAUUAAUCAAGUUAGAAAUUCGAUAUGUAACACACGUUUUUACAAGUUUCCAUUAAAAUCCUAUUUUACAUUAAAACACGCCUUCAAGAUUAUUUUUAAUCACCCCAUCCUCCUACGUAUAGUAGUUUUUUUUAAACACAUUCUGUUAUAGUUUUGAGCUUUUUAUUAAAAUUUUAUGUAUUA